AUGGCGGCAGGCCACGGUGAGGAGUGCGGUGGCGGUGGGAGCGUACAUGGCCAUGGCCACAUACACAGCUAUAUGGUGCAGCAGUCGGAUAAUGGCGACUCGGCCGCGGUGGCCGCUUUAGAGGCGGCCAUCACCGGCCCUGACGCCCUAGCCAGGAGCAAGAACCAGUUGAGCGAACCGAUGCAGGCGUCGGCUGAUAUGGAGGCGAUCAACUGUCCCUACAACAUCAACUAUCAAGGAAGCAAGCCGUCACCAUCGCUCUACCAGCGGGCGGUCAACUCCAAGCUGAAUGCAGCGGCCACCGCCUAUAUCCGACCCUCGAGCUUCCAAUAUUCUAAUCAUAACUAUUAUGGCAUUGCGACGCAGCAGCAUGCCGCCAGCGCUGCCGCUGGCAAUAUUGGUUUCGGUGCUGGCGGUGGUGGCACCGGCGGUGCUUUAAACGGCAGUGGCAACGGCGUCGGUUUGCUGCCCAAGCCCACAUACAGCGCGCCCGCGCAGUUCAGUAUGCAUCUGCUGCCAACGCCAGAGACUCAUCCGUUUCAGCUGAAUGUGGCUGCCGCCAGUUUUGCACCCUCACAGAGUUUACUGGCUCAGGCCCAGGCGCAGGCGCAACGGUUUGUGACAAAGCCACAGCAAUCGCGUUGGCGGCGCCAGCCGCUACCCGAUCUAUUUCAUGCCGUUCUGGGUCUGAUGAGGGAGCUGAAUCGAUCCGUUAGCUAUCCGGAGAUUAUCAAUACGUUGGCGUUGCGUCUGCAGCGUCCCGAAGUGGAGUUGAAGCGUCAUGUGCCACACACACUGCACGCCGCUGUCAAUAAUGGAUACUUGCGGAAGGAUGGCAAUCGUUAUACGCUCUUAUCCGAACAGGAGCAGGUGGAGAUUAUGAAGCGGAACAUGGAGGCAGCUGAGCGUGCCAAGGAGCUGGAGAAGGAGCCACUGUCGUGGCGCAAACGUUGAGCAUCGUGCCGCACACACACACACACACACACACACACACACACACUUACAUACACACACACACACACACAAUUCUGUCACUUUGGUCGAUUGACUUGCUUGGAAGCGCUCACUGGAUUCCAAGCAACUCUGGUUCUGGUUUCCAAUGCGUUUCUAUAAAAUUUGAAUUGUUAUGGUUUAUCGAAUUAUUUUUGCUAACUAUAUUCGGACAAAGUAAAAAAUUUAAGUUUGAUGCAUUUCAAAUAUAAUUUGCACAGCUAGCCA